AUGCCUAGAUAUAACUAUUCAUUUGGAGGGGAAAGGCCGGACUCGCCUUUUAAAAAGACCGUAAAACAGGGAAUUUCACCUUAUUAUGUACCUUCGAAAUCAAAUUCCCAAUCCCAGUCCCAACCAGAGGGUUUAUUUACUAGAAUCAAAGCAUUUUUUCAAAACAAGCUAAAACAACAGCAAAAACCUAAAAGAAAUACGAAACAGCCUACUGCUUUUGAGAAUGUCAGCAUUGGAAAUAUUGAUCUUUCAAUGAACUCAAAUAUGUCAUUCACAUCUAAAAAUCCAAAUGAUACAUUGUCUGAGUUUUUUCAAAAGAAGGGCGACACUCCUUUGAAUGAAAUAGAAAUAGAAGGUGUGAUGAGCUUAAUUCGCAAAUCGCAAUCCAACUUGCCAAGUCGAAACGGCAGUAUGAUAAAUCACAGUUUAUUUACAAAUAAUUCUCAAAUGGGCUCUAAAGUCGGUGGCCUAGCUUCAUUCAACGAUGCUAAUAAUUCAACUAUUCUAAGAGCUCCUUCAGCAGAUUUGAAGAAACCUGUUACUAUAAAAACACCAACUUACAAGUCCAAAUUGGUACAAAGCAACACAAACACUUCAUUGAACAGAAGUUUUAACCUAAAUGGUAUCAGGAAACGUCGGAUUGUUAGCUAUACAAGUCCUUUGAACAAAGUUGAAACCAAAUCAAUUUCUCCUCUGUGUGCAUUUUUAGAGAAGAAAAAAACACUUUCAAAGAAGAAAAAUGAUUCAAAGGAUUAUAAGGGUGGGAUUAUCGAUUUAUCAAAAUUCAGUGAUGAUGAUGAUGAUGAUGAUGAUGCUCAUGGCGAAGGUUUUAUUGGUGAUGAAGCUGGAAAAAAUAUAGGUGUUUCCAGGAAAGGAACAACAGAGGAAAUUUCAAAAUCAAGUAUAUCGAAGACAGCGUCCAAAGUACUUGAUAUAUUAGAUGGCGAACAGAAUGUGAUUAUAACUAUCAACGAUGAACUAAAAGAAAACAAUCACGACGAUAAACAAAUAGUACACGAUAAAACACAGUUAUUGAGUGAAUCUAAGACGAAUAACAAAAAAGACAAAAAUCAAACAGUACUUGAAUCCAGGUCUGAUAAAAAAUCAUCAGCAACUCCCGUUUUUCCCUUCAAGCCUAUGAGGGAACUUCCUUUAUUUAAGGAUGAUGCCGAGUCUGCAAAAACGGAAAUUCAUAAGGAAGGUACAAAAGAAUAUGAACCAUAUUUUGCAUCCACCUCGAGUUCUACAAAAUCUAAACUAUUACAAACGAAACAGAUCCCUGAAGUCCCUGUCACGACAUCAGAGAAAGUGGACAAUUCAAGAGUAGAACCAAGUACAAUGAAAUCUCAAAUACGGGUUCCUAAUGUUCACGAAGAAAACGAAAAUCUUGAUUUAUCUGUCACCAAACCCUCUUUUGAUUUUAGUAUUCCUAAGAGUGAUGCAUCUAAAUCACCAUUUUCCUUUUCCUUUUCCGGAGAUACCAUUUCCAAUUCAUUAUCCUCUGAAAAGACUCAGAAUGUUCAACUUGAAAAGAAACCUGCAGAAUCAGGUGAUAUCGAAGUUAUCGAUUCUUUUGUAUUCCCUGAAAUUCCAAACAAGGAGCCUACUAAAGUGGCCUCGAAAUUACCACCUUCACAACAUACAUGUGAUUUCAUUUUCCCUGUAGUAUCUUCAGUGGAUCCAUCUUUGUUAACCAAAAUUAUGAAUGCAUCCAAUGAGUAUGAUGAAGUAUUCACUUUCUGA